CUCAACCGCUUCCGAUAAGCAAAUCUGCGUUCGCAGCUCCAAUCACCACCUCUUGCUGCAACCAAUCAACCAUGUCGUUUUCCGAUUCCGAAACCUCCUCCGGAGCAUCGGAGUACAAGCCGUUCCGCCAAAUCAGCCGUGACCGGUUAUUAUAUGAAAUGCUUAGAUCGGCAAGGUCACCAGAUUCGAAGGCAUGGAAGGUGCUCAUAAUGGAUAAAGUCACUGUGAAAGUUAUGUCACAUUCGUGUAAAAUGGCAGAUAUUACGGACCAAGAGAUUUCCUUGGUGGAAGACCUCUUUCGGAGAAGGCAACCUUUACCAACUUUGGAUGCUGUUUAUUUCAUGCAACCUUCUAAAGAGAAUGUGGUCAUGUUUCUGUCUGAUAUGUCUGGAAGGGAGCCCCUCUAUAAGAAAGCCUAUAUAUUUUUCAGUUCACCGAUCCCAAAGGAACUUGUAAACCACAUCAAGUGUGAUACAAGUGUUUUACCCCGCAUAGGAGCAUUGAGAGAGAUGAAUUUGGAAUAUUUUCCCGUAGAUAGCCAGGGGUUUACUACUGAUCAAGACACAGCAAUGGACGAUCUUUUUGGCAACAUUGAGAAUACUCGCAGAUUUAACUCCUGCUUGAAUAAUAUGGCUAUUCGAAUAGCUACAGUUUUUGCUUCAUUAAAGGAGUUACCAUAUGUGUGGUUUCGUGCUGCAAGGGAAACUGACGACGAGUCUACUGCAGCACAAGUUCGAGAAUUAGUUCCUACAAACCUUGCUAGCGUUGUUUGGGACAUGGUUUCUAAAUAUAAAUCUACCAUUCCAAGUUUUCCACAAGAGGAAACUUGUGAUCUGCUCAUUAUUGACAGAACCGUAGAUCAGAUUGCUCCUGUCAUUCAUGAAUGGACCUAUGAUGCUAUGUGCCAUGAUUUGUUGAAUAUGGAUGGAGAUAAAUAUAUGCAUGAGGUUCCCAGCAAAACCGGGGAUGAACCUGAGAUCAAGGAGGUCAUUCUACAAGAUCAUGAUUCAGUCUGGCUUGAACUUCGCCACGCUCAUAUAGCAGAUGCUAGUGAAAGACUGCAUGACAAGUUUACCAACUUCGUAUCAAAGAACAAAGCAGCACAAAUGCAACAAAGGGGAAGAGAUGGUGGUGAAAUAUCUACGCGAGAUUUGCAAAAAAUGGUUCAAGCAUUGCCGCAAUACACUGAGCAAGUGGAAAAGAUUUCACUCCAUGUGGAGAUAGCUGGAAAGAUCAACACAAUUAUCAGAGCAACAGAACUUAGAGAGCUCGGACAGCUGGAACAAGAUCUUGUUUUUGGGGAUGCUGGAGCAAAGGAAGUUAUUCAAUUUUUAAGAAAGCAGAGUACACCUGAAAAUAAGUUGCGUUUGUUGAUGAUUUAUGCAAUUGUCUAUCCUGAAAAGUUUGAGGGUGAUAAAGCUUCAAAGCUAAUGCAGUUGGCAAAACUAUCACCUGAUGACAUGAAAGUUAUCACUAACAUGCAACUGCUGGCGGGAUCACAUAAGAAGAAAUCAUCUGGUGGAGAAGGUGCUUUCUCACUCAAGUUCAAUAACCAGAAGAUAAAACAUGCAGCACGCAAAGAUCGGACCGGUGAAGAGGAAGAAACGUGGCAACUAUUUCGAUUUUUUCCCAUGUUAGAGGAACUCAUUGAAAAGCUCAAUAAGGGUGAAUUACCUAAGACUGAAUAUUCGUGUAUAAAUGAGCCAAUUAAAAGUAGUGCCCGGGGAGGUCCAGCAAAAAACAGCAAAGUUCCCCAAACAGCCCCAACCACUGCUCCUAAUUCAAUUAGAUCUAGGAGGACAGCAAACUGGGGAAGAUCUCGUACUUCAGAUGAUGGAUAUUCAAGUGACUCCACGUUGAAGAAUGUGCUUACUGAUUUCAAGAAGAUGGGAAAGCGAAUCUUUAUAUUUAUUAUUGGCGGGGCUACUCGAUCCGAGCUGCGAGUUUGUCACAAGUUGACAACAAAAUUAAAAAGGGAAGUAAUCCUAGGUACUACUUCCAUGGACGAUCCUCCGCAAUAUAUGACGAAAUUAAGGACAUUGGGCGAACGCCCAGUUGAACAACCAUUGAAUGGCCUCGGCAUAUAACAUUUUUCCGGAAACUGAUAAUUACAAGCAGGUUGGCGACAUCCCUUUUGUAUCAAUUAUAAUUUAUAAAUAUCCCUAAUUGUUUAUACAUUAGAAAGUUUAAACUUUAUACCCUCUACACAAACAAGGGAUGAACACAGCGACCCUUUCAAUUUUUUUGAUAUACAAAUUUUGUUAAAACAUCACA